AUGGAUGAUCCGUCCACGCCUCAACAACAGCAACAACUAUUUUCUCCCACAGGUCUCAAACCCAGCCCGCUGACGCCUCGCAAGAAAUCUGUCGCUCGGCCAAAGCAUAAUAUCAAAACGACGAGUUCGAGCUUUGUCACGCGGUUGCAUACGAUGGAAGGUCUGACCAAGUAUUUGGGUAGCAAGUCAGGGGAUGUGACGUUUAUGUUUUAUAAUGCGGGCAAGAGCUUCUAUUGGAUGGAUGUGUCGGGCAAGCUCAAGGAACCGCUUGCACGCAUAUCGUUCUCCCAGUUCCCGACUUGUCAUGCGGCUUCAACACCGGAGACCUAUUUGGUUCGACAGAACCUCUCUCGUCUCGCUACGUACGAAUCAACAAACAAGUCGUGCAUAACGCAAACCACCAAUGAAUCUCUCUCCAUGCACCCAAACGGGACGAUCGUCGUCUACGAUACCGAGCGACAAGACGCUCCUUUUGUUCCCCACGAUCCGAGUAAACCUAUACCCCCUCCUCCAGCCCCUCCUUCGACGCACGAUACCGACGAACAAAAGAGCUCAAACGGGAGUGGGAGUGCUGCUGCGCAGAGCGAGAGGAUGUGGAACCCCUUGAACGAGAUUCUCGUGACGAGCAAUGGCGGACCGGACGGGAAGGCGUUGAAAAAUCCGAUUUUGUGUUUUCCCGAUGUGCGAUAUGUGGCUGCUAUUUCCGAGGAUGGGUGUUUGAGGAUUAUCGAUGCUCUCUCGGAGACGUUAAUGGACGUAUAUCAAGCCUAUUUUGGGGCAUUAACAUGUUUAGCAUGGAGUCCCGACGGGAGGUAUAUCCUUACAGGCGGGCAAGAUGACCUCGUAACAGUUCUUUCACCUUGGGAGCAGCGCAUCGUCGCACGCUGUCAAGGCCACCUCUCAUUUGUCUCCUCAGUCGCAUUCGACGCAUCCCGAAUCGACAGCCGAACCUAUCGAUUCGGAAGCGUCGGAGAAGAUAACCGGUUGAUCUUCUGGGAUCUUUCAGCGGGCGCACUGCAUAGGCCCAAGUUGCACCCUUCGCACGCAUUAUCUUCGACCCUUUCGUUAGCCCUGAGGAGGUCCCAUGGGAACCUAGUUGCCGGAGGGGUCCACCAGGGCGAGACAGACCGAUUUCAUCCCGCCCCGAGUCGGAUGGAGGUAGCGACGAUCCAACCAGUCGUGCAAAUUUACUCUCUCCGUUCAUCUUACUCGACAACGAUGCCUACCAUCCCAGCAGACGAGACGCGAACACUCAGAAUACUGAUCACCGGGUUUGGGCCCUUCAGCGGUGUCCCAGAGAAUCCGUCCUGGGUUGUCGCCAGUCACUUGAACAACCAAACGCGCGACUUUGGAGGAGUCAAAGUACACAUCACUGCGCUCGAGAUACCUACAGCUUACUCGGCGGUCCUGAACACUAUUCCAGCUCUCCAUGCAUCAAAAGAGUACGAUGCGAUGGUGCAUUUUGGACUCGGCCUCCCGGACAGGUUCAGGAUUGAGCGUAUCGGCCACAAGUUGGGAUACCCUGCGCCCGAUGCUCAAGGCAAAUUUAGCGAUAUCGUCAUCUCCAACGAGAGCCAGGAGAUACGCGGAUUCGGGGCCGGGUUCGAACAGUUUGAAGAAGAGCUGCAGACGAGCAUAGAUGUCGAUGCUGUGGUUGAGCGCCUCAAGUCCAAUGGGUUCGAGCAAACCGAAUCAUCCAACGAUGCCGGGCGCUUUGUAUAUCCAGGCCGACUUGACGUCUGUCUUGCCACUGUCUUUGCAGCUUUAGUUACUUUCCUUUUGCCCGUGAAUAUGUUCCGCCUCUCGUUCUUCACCACCGUGCUUGUUUUCGUUAUGGCCUUGGUUGCCUUUUCGGCUCCUAUUCAGUCUGCCGACAUUGAGCUUGUCAAGCUCCCCGUCGACUCCACCGUUGCCGUUCCAGCCGAAAUUGAGUCUCGUCAAGAGACCCACACUCUGGAAAAACGAAAGAAUGGCAAGGCAACUUGGUUUAACACUGGCCCAUACAAUAACGGCAAAAUGUGCGGAAAGACUAUUACCGUCAAGAACACAAAAAACGGGAAGUCUACCACUGCUAAGGUCGUGGACCUUUGUCCCUCAUGCGGGUCCAGCAACAUUGACCUUUCUCCUGCUGCAUUCAAGAAACUUGGAUCUCUUGAUACUGGUGUCCUCAGUGUUUCAUGGAGCGAUAGCUCAGUUUGGAAUAAGCUCAAGGGCCUCAAUUGGCGCAAAGAUCAAGUUGUGAAAGCUGGAAACAUCCUUGUUCGUCAACGAGGUACUCAAUUCCAUCCUGGCCAGCAUGUUGGCAUAGGAAAAGACCAUACAUUGUUUGCACUGGCGCCUGGAUAUGUGCGAUACUACACGCUCCCGAAUCCGACGAGCCGAGGACAGCGAAGAUAUGUGGGGAUUGUGCAGGAACGCGGCGAAAAACUCCCUAGAGAUGAAAUAGCGCAUGGUCGAAGCCGUUAUUUUGGGCUAGUUGAGUUGAGCACUUCAAACGCAGCCAGUCAAGCAAAGGCUUCAUAA